CUUUUCUUCAACGCCUGAUGAUGUCCAUUUUUCUAACCUCGAGGAACAGCAGGAAAAUUCUUAAACGACCCAUGCCUCUUGCUCGGAGCGCGGAUCGGUUGUCGCGUCGCGUCGCGAUGUCGUGAUGCCAAUUUGCCAAAGCCGUGCGUACGUCGACAACCCGAAGGAGACGACGCUUUAAGCGCAGCUCGAUCUCUCUCCCAUCUCCAUCUGUCGUAACUCUUGACGGUUCCCCUGUCUCUGUCUCUCUCUCUCUCUCGAGGUGGAACGGCGAGCGCAACCUGCUCGAAUUGAGGUCACAUGAAGAGGGUGACUCGUCGGCCCGCCGAAUCUUCUUCUGGGUCUUCUUGAUUCCGCCGUUCUUGAUUCGUCGGAUUGAGCCCGAGUGAGAAAGCUCCGAUUUUGCGCUCAUUAAUCGAUCGUUUCGUCAAUUGGGUCUCGAGGGUUGAGAUUCGAUCUCGCGGGGGAAGGGUGGUGGGGGAGCGGUGGAGCUGGAGGAGGUCGUUCGGUGAUGGCGAUUAGGGUUUUGGGUGUGGCUCAGCUCGGUUGUUUAGUCGGUUAGGACACUGAAUUCUUGAACGAGGUAGCGCGGGUUCGCGCGUCUAUCUGAAGCCAUGCCUUCUCUUCAGUUGCUGCAGUUGACGGAGCAUGGUCGGGGUCUUCUGGCUUCCCGAAGGAAAUCCCUUCUUCUUGCCACUGGCAUCUUAGUUGCUGGCGGCACUGCUGCAUAUGCUCAUUCCCGUUUUAGCAAACAGAAGUCCAAUACUUUUGGUCAUUUUAAUGGGAUUGACAAUGACCAAGAGGCUGGCAGAGGUCAGGAAAGUGGAAAAAAAGCUAGUAAAAAGAAAGGUGGAUUGAAGUCACUGCAGGUCCUUACAGCCAUUCUACUAUCUAAGAUGGGCCAGAUGGGUGCAAGGGACCUUUUGGCUCUAAUUGGUAUAGUGGUAUUUCGGACGGCUUUGAGCAAUAGAUUAGCAAAAGUGCAAGGUUUUUUGUUUCGUGCUGCUUUUCUUCGGCGCGUUCCACUAUUCUUCCGGCUGAUUUCAGAAAAUAUCCUAUUAUGCUUUCUUCAUUCCACGAUACACUCUACUUCAAAGUACAUAACAGGGACACUCAGUCUGCGUUUUAGGAAGAUAUUGACGAAAUUGAUCCACACCCAUUACUUCGAGAAUAUGGCAUACUACAAAAUUUCCCAUGUUGAUGGGCGCAUAUCUAAUCCAGAGCAACGGAUCGCAAGUGAUGUACCAAGGUUCUGUUCAGAAUUGAGCGAUCUUGUGCAGGAUGAUUUGACAGCUGUAGCGGAUGGCCUGCUUUAUACCUGGCGCCUAUGUUCUUAUGCUAGCCCAAAAUACGUUUUUUGGAUUUUGGCAUAUGUAAUGGGGGCAGGGGCCAUGAUCAGAAAUUUCUCUCCUGCUUUUGGGAAACUAAUGUCCAUAGAGCAACAACUGGAAGGAGAAUAUCGGCAGGUCCAUUCUCGGUUGAGGACCCAUGCAGAAAGUAUAGCAUUUUAUGGCGGAGAAAAGAGAGAAGCAUCUCAUAUUCAGCAGAAGUUUCAAAAUCUGGUGAAGCACAUGAGAGUUGUCCUUCAUGACCAUUGGUGGUUUGGAAUGAUCCAAGACUUCUUGUUGAAAUAUCUAGGUGCUACAGUUGCUGUUAUCUUGAUUAUCGAACCUUUCUUUGCUGGUGACCUUAGACCCGAUACUUCAACUCUGGGACGUGCUGAAAUGUUGAGCAAUUUGAGAUACCAUACCAGUGUCAUCAUAUCCUUGUUUCAAUCUCUUGGUACACUGUCUAUAAGUUCAAGACGGCUCAAUCGUCUCAGUGGUUAUGCAGACCGCAUUCAUGAAUUAAUGGUCAUAUCAAGAGAGCUAAGUGGUGCCAACGAAAAAUAUUCUUCUCGAGGAAAUGGAAACCAAAUUUUCAGUGAAGCUAAUUUCAUAAAAUUUUCUAAUGUCAAGGUACUCAAACCGACUCAAAAUGUUUUGGUGGAGGAUUUAACUUUAACGGUUGAACCAGGGUCAAAUCUUUUGAUUACAGGACCAAAUGGCAGUGGGAAAAGUUCGCUUUUUCGAGUUCUAGGAGGCCUGUGGCCACUUGUAUCCGGCCAUAUUGCAAAACCUGGCGUUGGUUCUGACCUUAAUAAGGAGAUAUUCUACGUGCCGCAACGACCGUACACCGCUUUUGGCACACUUCGUGACCAGCUGAUUUAUCCUCUUACGGAAGAUCCGGAAGUUAAAAAACUCACACGACCUGCAAUGGUGGAGCUGCUGAAAAAUGUUGAUCUGGAGUAUUUGUUGGACCGUUAUCCACCAGAGAAAGAGAUAAAUUGGGGUGAUGAAUUAUUUGGGGAGCAGCAGAGAUUAGGGAUGGCUAGGCUAUUCUACCACAAGCCUAAGUUUGCAAUUCUUGAUGAGUGCACAAGUGCUGUGACAACCGAUAUGGAGGAACUUUGUGCUAAAGUUCUGGCUAUGGGAACAUCAUGCAUAACCAUUUCACAUAGGCCUGCAUUGGUUGCGUUUCAUGAUGUGGUUUUGUCCCUGGAUGGUGAAGGGGGCUGGAGCGUGCACUACAAGAGGGAUGAUUCUCCUGUCCUCCCUGAAGCUGGAAGCAAUAGGAUUAUGUCUUCUGAGACAGAACGCCAGAAUGAUGCAAUGGCCGUCCAGCGAGCAUUUGCUACCAACGCAAAGGACUCUGCAUUUUCAAAAACAAAGGCACAGUCAUAUGUAUCAGAGGUGAUUGCAAGAUCUCCUUCUACUGACAAUCUUAGUUCAUUGCCUCUUGUCCCACAACUUAAGAGCUCACCGAGGAUAUUGCCAUUGAGAGUAGCUGCCUUAUUCAAAGUAUUGGUACCAACAGUGUUUGAUAAACAAGGUGCACAACUUCUUGCGGUCGCUGUUCUUGUAUUAUCAAGAACAUGGGUAUCAGAUCGUAUUGCCUCGUUGAACGGAACCACUGUGAAGUAUGUCCUAGAGCAGGACAAGGCAUCUUUCACUCGGCUUAUUGGUGUUAGUGUCCUGCAAAGUGCUGCAUCUUCCUUCAUUGCACCUUCUUUGAGGCAUCUGACAGCAAGGCUAGCCCUUGGGUGGAGGAUACGCCUGACACAGCAUCUACUGAAGAAUUAUCUUAGAAACAAUGCGUUCUACAAGGUUUUCAACAUGUCAAGCAGAAACAUAGAUGCUGACCAGAGGAUAACUACUGAUCUUGAAAAGUUAACAACUGAUUUGUCAGGAUUAGUCACUGGAAUGGUAAAGCCAUCUGUUGACAUUCUCUGGUUCACCUGGCGAAUGAAGCUUUUGACGGGUCGGAGGGGUGUUGCCAUAUUGUAUGCUUACAUGUUACUAGGUUUGGGUUUCUUAAGGACUGUGACUCCUGACUUUGGCGACCUGACUAGUCAACAACAACAGCUAGAAGGAACCUUUAGGUUCAUGCAUGAAAGGCUGCGCACACAUGCUGAAUCUGUAGCUUUCUUUGGUGGUGGUGCCCGAGAAAAAGCUAUGGUUGAGUCAAGAUUUCAUGAGCUUCUACAUCACUCUGAAUUGUUGUUGAAGAAAAAAUGGCUUUUUGGCAUCCUGGAUGAUUUUAUCACCAAGCAACUACCCCAUAAUGUUACAUGGGGUCUGAGCUUGUUGUAUGCUAUAGAACACAAGGGAGACAGGGCCUUGAUUUCUACUCAAGGUGAGCUGGCACAUGCUUUGCGGUUCUUAGCAUCUGUAGUGUCUCAGAGCUUUUUAGCAUUUGGCGAUAUUCUCGAGUUGCACAGAAAAUUCCUUGAGCUCUCCGGUGGUAUUAAUCGGAUUUUUGAGCUUGAAGAGCUUCUAGAUGCUGCUGCUCAGUCUGGGGUAUCUGCAUCUGAUGCCAUAUUGCCAUCAAAAAGCAGCAAUCUUCAUUCUGAAGACAACAUUUCAUUCUAUAAAGUGGACAUCAUAACCCCAGCACAGAAAUUGCUUGCCAGGAAGCUUACGUGUGAUAUUGUACCUGGAAAGAGCUUACUUGUUACUGGUCCCAACGGUAGCGGCAAGAGUUCUGUUUUUAGAGCUCUGCGAGGUCUUUGGCCCAUCGUAAGUGGAAGACUCACAAAACCAUCCCAAUCAAAUAACGAAACUAGAUCAGGUUGUGGGAUUUUCUAUGUUCCCCAACGGCCAUAUACAUGCUUAGGAACUCUGAGGGAUCAAAUUAUAUAUCCACUUUCACACGAGGAAGCAGAGCUCAGAAUAGCACAGUUUAAUGGGAGAGAUCAGAGAUCAGGUGACUCGACCCACCUAGACAUGCACCUGAAAACUAUUCUUGAGAACGUCAGAUUAAAUUACCUUCUGGAGAGGGAGGGAGGUAGUUGGGAUGCUAACAAAAAUUGGGAAGAUGUCCUUUCUCUGGGAGAACAACAGAGAUUGGGCAUGGCACGAUUAUUCUUCCACAAGCCCCUGUUUGGCAUUCUCGACGAGUGCACUAAUGCCACGAGUGUUGAUGUCGAGGAACACUUGUAUAGGCUUGCGGCUGAUAUGGGUAUAACUGUUGUCACUUCCUCGCAACGUCCUGCUCUUAUUCCAUUCCAUUCGUUGGAAUUGCGGCUUAUCGAUGGUGAGGGUAACUGGGAACUUCGUUUAAUCAAGCCAUGAUUUAUUUAAGGCGGCAUGUGCUGUUCGAGGAGGUGUCCCUGCGUCCUUAAAAGUAUUAAGGACCAGGGUCUGUCCUUGGAGGACUAGCAUAGUUUUGAUGCAUACUCGCAUUAGCUCGUCGCACGUAUCACGCUGGAUGGGAAAGUUGCUAGUAGCCUUGGCUUGAAUGGAUGGAGGUGGUAUACGUAUCUCAAAUAAGACGAGUCAAAAACCUACUAUGUACAGUAUUUCUUUUUCCUUCUCUAACAUUAUCGUAGCCAUGGUUCAUUUAGCUUAGUCCCUGUCCAUUCAAAAUCAGUUUCCUGAUUGAUGUUAGAUGAACUCAUUAUUAUAUUUAAAUUAGCCCCAAUAAAUAAGCUGUAAGCUGGCAGGGGAAAUCCUUAAUUCCCCUAUUCUAUAUGCCUGUGUAGCUAUCGAGAUGAUGUCUUUUUAUUUAUUUAUUUAUUUAUUC